UAAAUUCUGUGGUUUUCUUUUACAGCUACAUUCAAAGCGAAAGAAAUUGCUCACAAAGAAAAGAUGUCGCAUUCAAAAAAGCGAGUUCAUCUUUUUAACUGUGAUAACACAUACAAGCUAGAGCCUGUUGAGAAAUUACUGGAGAAAUGUGGCAGCCAUGUUGAGCGUGUUGAGAAGCACUCGUUCAGACUUGCUAAAAUGUCUGAAAUGGUAGACAUAAUUCCAACCUUAGAGAUGAAUAUGGCCUUUUUCGUGGUUCAUGCACAUGAAUCUAGACUCUCGAUCAACGAAGACAAAGCUGGCAUUGGUUACGCCAAGAUAUACAGAGCUUUACUGCAAGCAACGGGUAAGGAGCGGAAGUAUUCCUAUUGGGUAGAUUUGCCUUCCUUGAGGUUUUUCAGUUUGAUACUUUCAGUUAUGCCCAUUAAUACUUUAUUGGGCAGAUGGAUUUUACAAUAAUUGAGGUGCAUGCACUCGAAUGCCUCUUUAUAAUACCUUUGUAGCAAAGAAAAGUGUUACCAACCGUAUGAAACUAACACGAUAUGUUUCUAUAAAUAAAGCAGCGGACAAUUUGAGCAGAAGCAACUAAGACCUUUUCCGAUAAUCUGUUUUUCCUUCUUUUGUUGGCAAUCAAAAUUUUAUUUUUUGCCACGGUUUUAUGAUGUUAAACAAUGUGUUUGCAUUUAUUUCUGAAUUUUGAUUUUAUUUUCCCUUCCCUAAAUCGAGACAGAAGCAAACUUCUGGCGACUGCUUAUGAUACGACAGAUAAGACAAAAGGAACUGUUUCCAAGAAUCUUUUGAUAAUUUCGAUGCGUUUUUCAAGGUUAAACCCAGUUUGCUUGUGUGUGUGUGUGUUUCUAUCGUUUGGUAAAGUGGACUAGACAAGUUAAAAUUAAUAUUCUGUUUUCUUGAAUUAGCUGGCUCAAUGAUGACCACCAGAUUGGUGUUAUUUAUCAUUCAAAAUCCUUGAAGCUAAGAUAUGAAAUUUCGUUGGUUCUUUCCCUGUCAUUACGUUCAAAGCGAAGUAAAUUGCGCCAGAGAAAAUAUGUCACAGUCCAAAGAGCGAGUUCAUCUGUUCAACUGUGAUAACAUAUACAAACUAGAGCCUGUCGAGAAAUUGCUGAAGAAAUUCAGCAUCCAUGUUGAAUGUGUUUAGAAUCAUACGUCCAAACUUACUAAAAUGUCUGAAAUGGUCGUCAAAAUUCCAACCCUAGAGAUAAAUAUGACUUUCUUCGUGGUUCAUGCGAAUGAAUCUCGAUUCUUGAUCAACGAAUACAACGCUGGCAUUGGUUAUCCCAAAAUGUACAGAGCUUUAAUAAAAGCAACGGUUAAGAAGCGGAAGUAUUUUUACUGGGUAGUAUCGCCUUCCUGAAGGUUUUUCAGUCUGAUACACUCAAUUUUGCCCAAUAAUGCUUUUUUUUCCCGGGUUAACACAAUGUUCUUUAAGGAGGCAGGGACAAUUUAAUGAAAGGUGUGGAAAAUUUGUUACAAAUUUCCCCCAACAAAGCCCUAACAGACCUCAGGGUGAAAGCGAAAGUAAAUUAGCAUUUCUUUAAAAUAAUAACUUCUGUUUGGUCAGAGGCGACGAAUGUUUUUUUUGUAAAGUUCAGAAGGUAGAAACUACCACGAACUGUUCCAUAGGGCUGCGACUUUUUCGGUAACGGUUCUCCAUGGCACAAGGGUGGGUGUUUCCUUGGUCCGAAAAAUACCCUAAUUAAUUUUAUUUAUUACUGCCUCUCAUUCAAGUUGGGUAUGGGUAAAAGAUGCUGGUGUAAGUGGCGUCAACCGUAUUGAAAAUAAGAAUGGAAUUGAAGAAAAAUUAUAUUAAAAAGUUGUUUUUCGUUUAUGCUUUACGGUGGAGUGAACUUUUAAUUCGUUCGCUCACUAUGAUGAGAGGUAUUCAUAGAUGCAAGUCAUCAAAUGGUAUUUAAAAUAACAACGAAUAAAGCAAUUCAAGUCUUAAGAGACUUCCCGUUUAACUGAGAAACAGAAAUUUCUCUCUUUUUAUUGAGAAUUUUGCCAGCAAUUAUCCGAAAAAUUAAAAAAAUUGAUACAAACAUUGUUAUUUGAGCCAGCUAGACACUGACACGCCGUGGUUAUGAAAAUAGUUAUAAUAAGACCCUCUGUAUUAAUCCAAGUGCACAUGACGUUCGCUUGAUCAUGGUUAUACGUGUGCUCUGUGUGUUACAUUGUAUUUGCACCUUGAUAUUUAUGUGAUAUUUAGCUUUCUUUUCGCAUGCAGAUAAAAAAUGUUCCAAAAUUAUGUUAUUACAACUUCUAAAAUGUUUGACCGCUCUUGCGUGACGCAUAUUGCGCAUUUCAUGCUACCUUCUUGCUGGAUGUAUUUACGUUACGACUAAAGAUGGCCACUCACCAGACUGUUUAAACAAAACCAGUAUUCUAAACCACAUCGGAAUAGUAUUUAGGUUAUGACUGAGUAAGAGGGCCGGACGGGAAAAAAGUUGGCUCGAGGUACUCAGUCGAUCAGAUCGCAUGACCAUCGCUCAUUUUCUUCCUUCUUCUUUUUAGCACGUGGCGCCGUACGGCUUUUCACAGCCCUACUCACGCCAUUGCGCACGGUCCUCAUAUCGGUAUUUUUGUCUGAUAUUUUUCGGUAAAGACGCGCGCGGGGCCGCAAGGAUCAUCAAAUAAACGAUUUCCUUGUAAAGGAUGAUACUCAUAAUACUCUGAAGCUCAGUUACAUUUUAAUCUGUUUUGUUUACAGGAGGAGAAGUCAUCGUCGUUAUCGGGGGAGAUGACAACUAUAAAGGCGUCGACGAAGAGAAUCGAGAAGUUAUUUCACGUUGGGCGAAAAGGAAAGUUUCCUCACAGUUUAGCGAAGAGUGUCUUGAUGGUAGAAAGAGCUUCAUCUUUUCUUGGAACAAACAACAUCGAGAGAUUCACGAACAAGCUCUACUGCAUCACUUUGACCCAAACAAGAAAGGGCAAAAGUUCGAAUAUCAGCCGGAUCAGCGAAAGGAACAACGAAAGGCAGCAACACCACCGCCGUCAAGAUCGAAAGAGAUGAUACCUCCGUUGCGUAGAUGUUGUUCUGUGUCAGGCGAACGACAAUAUGAAUCAGAGCCGCCACUUAAACCAGAAAGUUCCCUGCAUCACUGUGAAGCUGUAACUGGAGCAAGGGAGAUCAAAGAAGAGAAAACUCUUGAUAGUAGAGCCGAGGGCGGAAAUAUUUCGAGGAACGAGGCAAACACAUCAACUGUCAUUUAUCAAGGAGCCCGGUCAGAGGAAAUUAUUCGUCCACCUAUCGGAGAAACCAUAGGUUAGAAUAAAAUCUUAAAAACAGACCUAAAGGAAAAAAUUUGGGCACCUUCCCCACUUAAGCGUCGAUCAAUCGGAAGCUUCAACAUCCAGGCAGCCCGCUGUGGAUUUAAACUUUUGAAGAUUGAUUUGUUCAAAUUCCCGUUCCGGGCCCAAAAUUAUUUUUAAAUGCCCUCCCCAAGUGGCGGAGUUGAUGGUGAAUUUUUUUAAAGGCGGAAUCAGCGACAGCGACUUUCUACCCAUUUACCAAGCUUUAAAACUAGACCUUGCAGACCUUUCCUUCUGAGGAAUUCACCUACGAAAGUGAGCUCUUUACCUUCAAACUCUCCCUAUUUUUAAAAAGAUAAAAACUUGUAUUCCGGUUAGUUCCCCACCUCGGCCAAAAAUGUUCAAAUUCCCCACCCCGGAUAAGGAUGACAGUUAAAUUACCGCGGGUUGCCCGGGGGGAAUGUUGAAGUUCCGAAUUAAUCUGCGCAUCACCUGAAAGGUGAUAAAGCAAACGAAAGCACAGUUGCUCGGUAACUCUUGUCUUUUUGCCCACUUAAGGUAUCCAAAGUAUAUAGAUUUUAGGAGGCACUAGGAAGUGGACUGCUAAACUACUACCUCUGCCGUGAGCAUGGCCAAAUGGUGCCUUUUUAAGUGCUGAGGUCAAUUGCCCAUGUGUUUUUAACUCUUUGAUCAAUAUCGAAAACUUUAUGAAGAUUUUCACCGAGCAAAUUUUUGAUUAUCGUUUACUCAUGAAAAUUAUUAGCGUCUUGUUUCAGCUUAUUCUAAAUUACAAUUUCUGGUUUGCAUAAUUUUUCUCGUGGGACUUUCUUUGUCGCUGUGUCGGCUUCUCAUUUAUUGACAGAAGGAAGUCUGUUGAACUUGGUUCCAACGCACUGACCGCCAUUUUUGGCAGUCAUGCACACACGGUUGAAGGAGAAUCAUGCUCCAAAAACCAUCCAAUUUUCAUCUUUACCAUCGACAGUAUCCUAACUUUAAAUAAUUGUCUUCAAAUGAGCUUAUAGUUGAUUAUGGACGCUUGCCAUUUUUUAACCUUGCCCAACAACCUGGCCGACCACCUUUCUCGGUUCCAAGUUUCGAUUCUCUUCUUUUCAUCUCACGGAGAUCUGUUCGAUCAAUCAAGAGCCACACGAAAAUAAAUUAUUAAAAAAAUUGUUUUUUCGUGGUGGUUUUCCGUGUGUGGCCAGCUAACUUUGUUAGUUUCAAAAUGACGGCGUUCAUGUUCGAGUUUUAAGCACAUUUAGCCAGGUUGGGUUACUCAUUGGGAUCUCAAUCUGCAUACUUCUUCCCUAAGAUAAUCUUUAAGUGUACGACUUUCCGUCUCUCACUCUUUAGAAUUGUCGAUUCUUGGCUGUAAUGUGUCAUGUGAGUCUGUGGAUGAUGCGGAAAAAGUUUUUGCAAGAGUUCUUCCCAGCCUUCACUUGUCAAAGGAUCCUUUCGUUGGCAACCUCCCAAUCACCAAAGUUGAAGGAUAUCUGAGGGACUAUCACUUCAGAUUCUCUGUGUUAGUGGUGGACGGUUAUACCGUGAGGGAUGGUUGUGACGAUCAAAGAUCAAAGGAAUUACAGCGACUUGUAAGACUUGCAGUGGAUAAAGUCGGUAAGUCUUCAAAUUGAACUGAUAAGUUAAUCUCAUAAAAAUCCUUCAUACCACGUUUUUUUCUCAUAAACAUACUUUUAACCCCUUGAAUUAUUUCGUUGUCAAUAAUUUAAUUACUUUUCGAUGCAUUUAAUCAAAAACAUUCUCUUCGUCUGACAAAAAGACAAUCUUACCGCUGAAUGCUUGAGUUGAUAAAUCAUUUUCUUGGAGAGCGGGUAGGGGAGGUCUAGGAAAGGGAUGAUCAUCCCACUGUAGUUUUAUGUAGUUUACAAAAAGUGCAUAGUGAUUACAUCCGAUCGUGAGCGGCUCCUCCUCUGAAUUUUGUACUGAGAUUAUUUUUUCGUAAAGGUAGAUCACCUUUUUGCAUUCACUGAACUGCUGUAAACACAGGCAUAGUAACAAAUAUUUGAGGUAGCUCUAAGCCCCCUUUAGACCAUGGAACCUGAAUCGGCCAUGGUUCUUCGAAACACGAGUAAUACUAAUGCUUUGUUACCUGUAUAUAGACUUUCUGUCACUACGUUAGUUUUUAACUAAUACAGUGACAGAAAGGGUGCUGGUACUGAUAGUGUUCGAACAACUCAGCUCAAAUCUUGAAACAAAAUCCUUAUAAUUGUAAUUGAAUUACGGCUCAAUUGGUGUGAAGAAAUGAACACAGCAGUCCCAACUUGAGAUUUUUUCUGUUUUCUUUUCACAGCUGAAAAAGUCAUUAUCUUGGUUUGCAAUGGGCAAUCAACAACAAAUACAUACAAUGAGUUUAUUGGGAAAAUCAAUAAACUAGAGAAAACGUUCGUUGCGCAGGUAAACAAUGGAAAGCUGGCUAUGGAUCCAGAUAUUUUUUGCAGCCAAGUUUUGAAUCUUCCAAUGACAUGUUCUACGCCAAAUACACAGUUUAUCUCUCAAGAACAGGACGUAAACGCUGACUCGUUGUCCACAAAUUCAUAUAACUUGAGCGAAAACUAUCCUCAAGGGAAUUCCUCAGAAAGGAAAAGCGUUGAUGACAUGAGUGCUCAAAAUAGUCAGCAGCCGGUCUUGGCGACACAGUUCUUAGAAAGACCCCCUCCUGUUGUUGUCCUAAGAAGCUUCAUUCGUCAUGGAGAGAUAUCUUAUCAGGAAGGGGACCUUCAAAUAUGGGACCCUGAAUUUCAAUUUCCGGAUGAGAUCCGAAGGAAGCUAUUAAAGGAAUGCUCUCACAUCCCCCUACUUGGAGUAAGAAUCAUGAAGCUCAGUAAUGGGUUAGUUGCGUGUCAAGUUGAUCGAGAUUUGAAACAAUUUAAGUCGCACGAGAAAUCACAGCUUGCUUCUGAAAAAAGACUUGUAUUAAAAACUCGUGUUCACAACGGAAAGGUAUCAUUUGAAGACAAUGAUGUAAAGUAUAGAUAUGAAAAUAGCUGUAUCCCUAAAUACAUCCUCGAUAAUCUGCAAAAGAAUAGGGCUGAUGGUGACUUGUACAUCGUUUCAGAUGACUCAGGCAAUUUUGUAACUAUUGUAAAAGAAUGUGGAAAAAUGAAGCGAGCUGCUAAUACUUUCAAACAAUCAAUCUAUGCCAUUUUUCAAAGGACCGAGAAAAAUGUCUAUUGGCUGCCUCUGAAUGUGUAACAGCCAGUCCAGUGCCGAUGUUCGUAAGAAAUGACCUUAGCUAUCAGCAAAAAAUCUGAUUUUAAAAUUUGUUGUGAUGUUUAUAAAUGAAGGUGUAAUAUUUCAUAAAUAUGUUUAUGUAUUUACAUAUGUUCACAGAGUUUGCAUGAUUCCACUUGUAAUGUCCGAUGUCAAGGAACAGAAGAUUUGUGAGUUUAUUGACUAUAGAUUGUCUAAGAAACUGUUGCACCCUUUUGCAGAUCAAGUUUCAUUCAAGUUAUUUUAGAAUAGGUUUAUAAUUACUCUAUAAUGAAAUAAAUAUAGGCUAGUCAAUUCGUCCGAGUGGAAACAUUUUGGACAGUCUUAACGUGAGAUUAUGAAACUGACCAAGUAUCUUAGUAAUGGCUAACAACGUACGGAUGGACUUGAUAUAAACUUUGGAGGAAAUUUACCGACAAGAAAUCACAAAAUCUUCAACAAAAAUUUAACUCGGCCUUCAAAAUCAGUUUUCGGGAAUAUUAUGGCAUAAAUUAUGACGAAUCCAGGAUGAAUCCACGGUAUUUCCAAACGAUUCGUAAUAAAUUUCCGAUCCAAGACAACCGAAUACUGAAGUAAAUAUCCCUAAAAUAUGCGUGACGAGUAUCACUGUGACUGUCAACGACGAGAAGGUCCUGAUAGCCAUGUUUUGAAAUCAAAUGGGUUAAGAAAACGUUG